AUGAAGGGUACAGUCGUGAUCAGCUGUCUCCUGUCCCUGCUGCUUUUGCAGGCCACAGCAGAGGAAGAAAAAGUAGAAGACUUCAUCUCUGCCCUCAGAGACAGAUCUCACAUCGAUGAGACGCUGCGGCUUGCAACUGAGGACAAAUCAGGAGACUAUGCAGUGGCCAUUGAGAAGUUGCGGAAGAUCUACCACUCAUCCAUCAAGCCGAUGGAGCAGGCCUACAAGUACAAUGAGCUGAGGCAGCACGAGAUCUCAGCCUACCCCGGACGAACCCUGGGGGAUUCAGACCCAGAUGGAGAGAUUACCUCCAAGCCCAUGGUGCUGUUCCUGGGACCCUGGAGUGUUGGAAAGUCCUCCAUGAUCAAUUACCUCCUGGGCAUGCAAGAUAGCCCCUAUCAGCUCUACACAGGAGCUGAGCCUACUACCUCUGAGUUCACUGUGAUUACGCAUGGGGAGAAGAUCCGCUCAGUUGAGGGUAUUGUAAUGGCAGCAGACAGCUCUCGGUCCUUCUCUCCCUUGGAGAAGUUUGGGCAAAACUUCCUGGAAAAGCUGGUUGGUAUUGAGAUGCCCCAUAAGAUGCUGGAACGUGUGACUUUUGUGGACACACCAGGAAUUAUUGAGAACCGGAAGCAGCAGGAGAGAGGCUAUCCCUUCAAUGAUGUUUGCCAGUGGUUCAUUGACCGUGCUGACCUGAUCUUCGUAGUAUUUGACCCCACCAAGUUGGAUGUAGGCCUUGAGCUGGAGAUGCUCUUCCGGCAGUUGAAGGGUCGUGAAUCCCAGAUCCGCAUCAUCCUAAACAAGGCUGACAACCUUGCCACCCAGGACUUAAUGAGAGUCUAUGGUGCUCUCUUUUGGAGCUUAGCUCCGCUCAUCAAUGUGACCGAACCCCCCCGCGUCUACGUCAGCUCUUUCUGGCCAUAUGACUACGCACCUGACACCAGCCGUGACCUCUUCAAACGAGAAGAGAUCUCCCUCCUGGAAGAUCUGAACCAGGUGAUUGAAAACCGCAUGGAGAACAAAGUUGCUUUCAUCCGCCAACACGGCAUCCGCGUGCGCAUUCACGGCCUGCUGGUAGACCGCUACGUUCAGACCUUUAAAGAGAAGAUGAGCUACUUCAGUGACCCUGAACUAGUCUUCAAGGAGAUCGUAGAUGACCCAGACAAGUUUUACAUUUUCAAAUCCAUCCUAGCCAAGACCAACAUCAGCAAGUUUGACCUGCCCAACCGCGAUGCUUACCGUGACUUCUUUGGCGUUAACCCUGUCACCAACUUCAAGCCCCUGACAGCUCAGUGCUCCUACAUGGGCGGCUGUCUGCUGGAUAAGAUUGAGAAGGCAAUCACCAAUGAGCUGCCCGCCCUUCUGAGCAGCAUUAACUCAGGCAAGCAGCCUGGCCUGACCUCCUGUGAGGCUACAGGCUGUGGUGAGAAGCCAACGAAUCGUUAUCGAAAGAACUGAGGAAAUCCAAAUAACUUGAGUGGGUGAAGUAAGAAGAGAAGGGGUCGGGUGGGAGCCACCCUUGCGUUUGUCAGAAUGCCUCGAUUGAUGAGGAAGACAGAGGAGAAGGGAGAUUAGUGUUUGUUUUUUUCCUCAGGAUAAUAUGGGGAGUUGCAUUUAGGGACUGUAUUAAUGAGACAGAUAAAGGGAGGGAAGGGUCAUUGUUUGAUAAGGCAGCUUAAGGACACACAUGCUGAAGAAAUGAGAAAAUGCCACUAAUCACUGAGUUUUGUUAAAAUAUAUGCCCUUCUCUCCCUUGUACAACCACAGCUUUUGGGGUGGGGAAUUAAUUAUGUAAAGAAGCACAGAAAUGAAAAAGUAAAAUUCAGUAAAAUCUUGAUAAUCCUGAGACUGAAAACAGUCAAAUACCAGCUCCCUUGUAUGUGAAUAAAAUGGGAAAACGUGGAAACAGAAGUUGCAAAUUUGUGUUGUAAAAUCUUGAGAACUGCAUUGCAGAAAGUCAAUUCCAUAAACUUCGAAAGCCGAUUUUGAAGUAGUUUUUUUUGUGGGUGCUAUAAGCCUUUGCAUUUGUCAUCCAACUCUUGCGUUUGACAUAGAUUAACUUUAACAAUGCAUGUUAGAUCUUAUUUAACAGAUGCAUGUAAUUCCUGCUAGCAUAACGUUUUAAAAAUAAUAUUUCCUUGUGUAACUGAAACCUGAACCAACCCUGCCAUGCAACAAAUAAGGCCUUUUUUUCUCCUUUCAUUUUAUACGCUCAUCAGUCCUGGUUGUUGACAACUUAUGACAUGGGCACUGUGAUAGAAGCAGAGUUCAGGGUUCAAGGGUCAGAGUCUUCAGAGCGGGCUGGGUAUGUUAAUUUUGCUUCACUUCUUAACUGUUCUUACUGUUUUCUGUAUGCGUCUAUAAAUUUGCCAGUCUUUGGCAGGAAUUCAA